CCGCAGCCUUAGGAAUGGACGAUCAGGAUCCCAAAGCUUCGGCUUCUAACACCACACCUUCCACUUCUGUAACGAAACCCACUAUCACCCGUGCUCGGAACAAACGAUCUUGGAGCGGUUGUGCGCGAUGCAAGAAACGGAGACAGAAAUGUGAUGAACAGAGACCUGGUUGUGGGAGAUGUCUUGCUGCCAAUGCGGAAUGUGUUUAUGAAGUUAAGCUUCGAUGGGGUGGGAGAGCGUUUAAUCAAUCCAGAUUUGGUGCUUGUAUUUCUGAUGCUGGUGUUUCUAAGGAUAAGGUGAAGAAACUUGACGAUUAUGACAUCGACUUCUUCCCAUUAUUCGCACCAGUCGAUCCGUUCGUCAAUCUUGGCACGUUGGACCGGUCACUCCUUGACCAUUUCAUCAAUGGAACCUCACAUGUCAUAUCAUGUCAUUCCAAAGUACAGGAAGAUGUAUGUCGAGUCAUUGUUCCUGCUGCCCUGCAGAGUCCGACACUGUUCUAUGCCACUGCUGCUCUUUCUGCAAUACACCAAAAAUCGAGACUUGGUUUCGGCAGCGAGAAUCUGAGACAAGAUCCGUUGAUCUCUCGGCUGCUGAGUAACAGCUUAUUCGGUCUUCAAAGCGAUCUACUGGAGAAAGAUGUCAACAAGAGCAGUGUCCUGCUAGCAACCAUACGAACACUCUUCCUCUGCGAAGUCCACGCCGGCGGCGAUCGACCCGGAACCUGGCGCGCCCACUUCGAAGGCGCAAAAGCACUCAUGCUCGACAUCGAAUCUUGGACAGGCUACUCGUCAAAACAAAGAGACAGCACCCGCUACUUCCUCAAACGCUGGUACAACAUGACGGAGAGUUUCGUAGCUCUGACCACCGACGGCCUCGCCUCCGGCCAACUCGCCAGAUUCGGUCCACGCACCCUCUCCGGCGACGAAGAAGAACAGAAAGUCUACCUGGACGAAUACGCAGGCUUUGCCACCGACCUGACACCAAUAUUCCGUGAAAUCGGUGCUGCGGCUUGGGAACGCCGAAACCAUUUUCUGCCUUCCAUUCUGGAAGAAGGAGACUUAGAUGAGGAAGCUGCUUCGUUGGCUACAUGUAUCUGGACACGUCUGGAUGAGCAAAAUCUCAAACCUCCAAAGUUUAGACCCGGUGUUGAGGAACAGUUGUCUCCACGCCAGAAAAACGAUUUCUUGGCUUGUAAUCAGAUUUGGCAUCAUAUGGCGCUGAUAUACAUCUAUCGCCGUAUUUCUUCUCACACGGCUUCGUCGCCGCCGGUGCAGAGUUCUGUAAAGACGAUUUUGGCUUGUGUGGAGGGUCUUACUGCUACAGCUGGUCUUACGCCUUUGGUGGUCAUGACGACGCCGUUGUUUGCUGCUGGUUGCGAAGCUCAAGGCGAAGACCGCGAUCGUGUGAGGGUUUUGCUGUCUAACAUGUUUGAGUUGUUGCAUAUCCCUAAUAUCCACCGCUCGUUGGAAGUGCUCGAGAGCUUCUGGGCUAGCACCGAGAGGGGCGAAACGCAAGAUUGGGACAGUUUUAUGCAUGAUCAACAUUGGGACUUUCUGCCAUAC